AUGUACGAUAUCAUACGUGACUCACCUUUCGGCCAAAUAACACGAUUCCUGACUAAGAAUAAGUGGCUUCGAUACGUCGAAGAGCGAGAAGAUUUUCAGAAUCCAUACUACAUCUUUAACUCUUUGCCGGAGGAGACUGAGAUUAACAGCCAUGCUCAAGACGCUAGCUCUGAGACGAAGCCGGAAGAAACUCCUUCCUUUGGUUCCGUAGCAGCCGAUUCUCAACAUGAGACAUCUGGGUUUAUGCAUUCUACAGCGCAAGAGGAUGUGGAGGCGAACGGCCCGGGGGAAAAUCCCAUUGAACGAGUAGUUACGAUGCAAACUCUUCACGAGAUCGAGAAAAGAAUGAGCAGAUCUAUACGGCCGACGCAAACCACCGACGGCACAAUAUUGGUUGACUGGUACACAACCGACGACCCAGAUAACCCGCAGAAUUGGAGUGGUUUUAAAAAGGGGUUCGUUGCUUUUCAAAUCUGCAUUUAUUCCUUUGCCGUAUAUUUCGGCUCCUCCAUAUACGUCGGGGCAGUUCCCGAAGUUACCGAAAAAUACGAUAUCAGCAUAGAGGUGUCCUCUUUGGCACUCGCUUUGUAUGUCUUUGGUUAUGGUAUUGGUCCUCUAAUAUUCUCUCCACUAAGCGAAAUCGCCGCGGUAGGAAGAAACCCUCCGUACAUAAUUACACUCUUCAUAUACACCGUUCUAUGGAUACCUGCCUCUGUUGUAAAUAAUUUCGCCGGUUUCGUGGUUCUUCGAUUUUUAACAGGCUUCUUCGGAUCCCCAUGCCUUGCCACUGGAGGCGCUUCACUUAGUGAUAUUUAUCCACUUAUUCAAGUGCCAUAUCUGUUGAUCAUCUGGGGCGCCGCGACUGUAUUUGGUCCUGCUCUAGCACCCGUCGUUUCGAACCUCAGUGCACCCGUCAAAGGAUGGCAUUGGGUAUCCUGGGAGAUGUUGUGGCUCAGUGCCCCGAUCUUGUUGGGCUUCUUCUUUUUCCUACCUGAAACUUCAUCGGCUACGAUCCUUUACUACCGAGCAAAACGUCUACGAAAUAUAACGGGAAAUCUGCAUUACCGGUCUCAGGUGGAAAUAGAUCAAGCAAAGCAACAUAUGACUGUCAAAGAUAUCGUGUAUAAUGCCGUGAUCAAGCCUGGCGAAAUCAAUAUCUUGGAUCCUGCUGUACUUUUCUCCACCGUUUACACCAGUCUCGUCUACGCCAUAUUUUAUUCAUUUUUUGAAUCAUUCCCGCUUGUCUUUUCAGAUAUAUAUGGAUUCAAGUUUAAUAUCUCUGGUCUUCCAUUUUUAGGGGUGUUCCCCGGGUUGUUCGUGGCUGCAAUACUGUGCGCCUUGGUUUGGCAUUUUCAAGUAGUCAAACCAUUUCGGACCAAAGGAUUUGAUGCCUUCGGAGUUCCAGAAAAUCGUCUAGUUCCUGGAUUGUUCGCAUGCAUCUGGCUUCCUAUCGGACUGUUUCUAUUUGCUUGGACGGCACGACCGAGUGUGCACUGGAUGGCCUCAAUUGUAGGGUUAUCUCUAAGCAUUGUCGGAACAUUUACAAUCAUUGUCUGCAUGCUACAAUAUUUGGCAUUUACUUAUCCCAAAUACUCAGCUUCGUUAUUUGCAGCAAACGACUUUUCUCGGUCGACCUUGGCAGCAGGAGCGAUCAUGUUCUCACGACCUAUGUUUCUUAACCUUGGGAUCCACUGGGGUGUGAGUUUGCUCGCCUUUUUGGAUAUCGUCUGUUGUGUCUUGCUGUACGCACUGUGGAUAUUUGGUCCCAAGUUACGCUCCCGCAGCCGUUUUGCUCAACCUUGA